AAGCCAAUGGUGAAAGCCAGACAAACGAUAAAAAAAAAAAUAAUGAAUAAAAAACAGAUGUAUUAUAGUAUCUAAGAAAUCGAUCCAGGAAGGAAAGUUUCGACGACCAAGGAAGUGAGCAAGCGAAAGUGGGAAAAUAGGAGGAAUCAUAACAAAAUAUCAGAAAAAAAGUUAAUAAACAAGUCGAAUAUCCACAGGAAAAAAAAAAGAAAAGAAAAGGAAACUGAAUGAAUGAAGGAAGGAAGGAAGGACGAGCGAGAAAGUUGAAGAAGCAAAGUGACUAAGACGAAGGAAGCGAAGGAGAAAAUAAUAAACAACAAGAAAAAAAUAAAAAAAGAAAGCAGAGAGUAAGACAUUGUAAAGAGAUAAGGAGAGGAGACAAGAAAGGAGGAAAAAGAGGAAGGAAAGAAGCAAGAAGGAAGAAGAUAGGAAGUAAAGAUGAUGUCGUACAGGAGUGAAUGUACCAUCCUCCUUCAGACGCCCCCCUCCCCCCUCAUCCACCGCCCCUCCACGCCGUUUCAGGUGAGGCCCGUGAGCCAACUGUUCGUGGUGGCGGUGAUGGUGGCGGCGAGGUGGAGUACUUCAGCAUCUUGGACAACAAGAAGGCCACCAAGACCUACUGGGAAUCGCGGAUGCACACCAAGAUGGAUGACGGAGGCUGGGAGAGCGUAGCCAACGUGCGAUUCCAGCCAAUCCCCGGCGUGGUGGAGUCCUCACCGCCGCCUCAGGUGCAGGACGGCCCCCUCGCAGUCCCCCCGCCGCCACAGUUCGACAAUUCCCCGACUGAGUCCGAGGUCUCAUCCCCUCCUUCACUGGACGAGGCCCCGGCCCCAACUCUGCCCGAGCCCCGCCCCGCCAAGCAGUAUGUGUACGGGGUAACCAACGCCCCGCCACAGCAGGACACGCGCGGCGCUCGCAUCGUGGAGACCGUGGCCAAGAAGCCCGCCUCGCAGGAGAACAUCAUUGAGGCCGAAAUCCGCGCACAGCAGCAGCGGGAGGACGAGAUGCGGCGCCAGCAGACCAUCAAGAGCGAGGUGCGGGAGAAGGGCGCGUCCUCCCCCGCCAGCCACGACUCUGAUGAAGGCUUCGUGGACCGCCUGGAAGUGACGGGACCCCACCCCUCCCUCGCCACCGCGCCCGGGUACACGCACACCAUCCCAGGCACUGACGGAGAGCCUGUCAUCUACGACGCCGUCAGCCCACCGCCCACGGAAUAUCUCUCUGACAGGAGCACCCCAACCCCCUCCAACCCGCCCGUCACCACCAUCACCGCCCCCACCGUCACGCCAGUCGCCGCCACCACUCCCAACGCCACCGAGGCCAGGAUUGCCCUUGAGAUCCGAGAGCUGAAGGAACGCGAGGACGAGCUGCGCCAAAUGAGGGAGGAGCUUAUGGCCUCGAGGGAGAACUUGCUGGAUGACGAGGAGGUGCGGAGCUCAGCCUCGAGGGAACAGCUACUCGAGGACCACCUGACUUCCCUCACCACUACUACUGACGAGGGGAACUUUUCCGAGUGUGGCGACCCGGCGUCUUCUGAGGACAAGAGCAGCGAUGGGUCCAACAGCCGCAUGAUGUCCCCGGAUCUGCACCAUCACCACAUUGACUUCGGCAGGCGAAGGGUGACGGUGAAGCCCUAUGAGGAGGAAGAAGAGGAGGACCAGCCCGUGUAUACCAGGAUGCAGAAGGAGUCUGUCAUCGAGAGGGAGAUACGAUUGGCGAGGGAGAGAGAGGAGGCGUAUAGACGAGAGAAGGGCUUACUCAAUGGAUCUGCCCAACCUCGCCCUGUCGCUGCCUCCACUACACCUGUCUCUAACACAUCUGCUCCUGCUGUUCCUAAAUCUCAGACAGAUGGGCGGGAUGUACAGCACCGCCUGGCGACCUCCAGAAUCCAACUUGAGAUUCAGGAGACCAGCCAGAAGGAGAGGGAGUUGAGGGACGCUGGCAAGAUUCUUACUACAUCAGAGGAGACUGUUGAUUCUAAGGUGACCCGCUUGUCUGACUUUAGUGAUAUGAGCCAGCCGCUUGAGAGUCCCCGCUCCCAGGCCCUCCCCUGCACCCACCGUGUCAGCACCAGCACCACCCCUUCCUCCACCCCAAAGCGUUGCCCAUCCCCCAGGAGCCCAGCAUCUCCUGUCCCCAACUUCACCCCCUCCCCAGCCCUCAACCGCAACGGUCUCUCCCGAAGCUUGUCUACCAACAACCUGUCCACCACCUCCACCACCCGUCCACCAAAGGGACUCAUGCAGAAAUUCAUAGCAUCCCGUGGGAAGAUGACAGGGUCUGCAUUUACCUCCCCUCCCCCCACCCUCACCCACACCACCUCCCUUGGGGUGCGCACUCGGCCCAUGAGAGUCGAACCCAAGUCAGCUGUCAUACAGCGAGAGACUCUGGCUAAGAUGAAACCUGAGUUCACCUCUAUGAACAAUUCAGCUUCAGAAUCAGUGAUUGCCAGCACACAGCCUCCAAAGCAGUAUUACCGCCGCUCUUACUGCACCGCUGAAGAGAAGAUACAGUCAGAGCUGAAGGAGAUGCAAAUGCGGGAAGAGGAGCUAAGGCGCUUGCGAGCUUUCCAGAUGGCUCGGUCACAGCCAAACCUGUUGGAUAUUGGUGGCACUGAAGAUGACCAGGACCUAACAGAGGAAGAGGAGAGUAACCACAGCCUCUCAGAGAUGAAUGGUAUCCGGCCUGCCCAGUCCAACCCUAACCUCCUUGAUGAACCUGAACAACCCCAGGUCCCAGACAAGACAGUGAGACGACGCAGUGCGCUUAUCGCCCAGUGGGAAAACCGCAUCCAGCAGACGACAGACACCUGAGCUAAUAUUACUGCAGGUGGAGCGUGAAGACUUUGUAAAUGUUCAUUGCUGUGAAGCUUAAUAUUAUUCAUAAACUACCUAUUUUUGUCUCUUAGUUUAGUUGAAAUGAAAGUGCACUUAAAGUAGAAGCCCAUAUACUGAAACUCUAUUACUUCUCUGGUAUGCUCAUCUAUAUGAAUGUGGAGCAUGAAUACUGUAGGUUGCCUUUUGUACAUGUAUGUUCAUAUAUGAUAUAUUAUUAUGAAGGAUAGUGAAUACUUAUUAGCUAAACUUGAAUGUUACUAAAAAGGGAUAUGAUACUUGUUACAUUUAAGGUCCAGUGACUAACGAAGAUCCUACAUUGAGGUUACUGAGUUCCUGAUGACUAAUUUGAAGCUUACAAUACAAAUACUUAUUUGUGUCAAAAUAUAUGUAGUUUUUAAGAUUUACCCAUUCCAGUAUUGUACAUAGAGAAAGACUUCUUUAGACGAGAUACAUGUACCAGAUUGUCUAGAUGGACUACAAACUUUCUUUCUGACUGUCAAAUCCCUUUCUUCUUCCAGGAAGCAUUUGGUGCUUGUGUGAGCAAGCAAUGCCAUAUGCUCUCAUCAGGCCAGCCCUUCCUUGGCAGCCCUGUAGGUUGUCACACUGCAGCUACCACACACUACAUUGAUAUAUAGACUCUUGUUCACGAGUGAGACUGCGGCCAGACUCCCCCAGUCCCCCCAUACACUCUUUGGUGUCCCUGUCCUGUUCACCUGAUGCCUUAUAGUCAUUAGGAUUCUUGCAUAUCUGUUGCUGUAGCCUUUUCUUGUGAUUAUAUAGUGUGAUACAACUUAUAAGGAAACUAAGUAUGUAGUGUAUAUAUUAUAUACUUAUAAUAAUCGUGAAUAGCAGGGUAGUGGAAAUCAUCAGAGUAUACUGGUAUCCUAUAUAAUCUAAAUAUGAAAGUAUUACCGUACUACUUAAUUUCCUCAUUCUCUAAGAGGAAUUAAUAAUAAUACAUUCCAGGUAUGGUGCUUCCUAUUGACUUGUAAUUAUUGUAUGCAAAUUUUCUGUGUGCUUUGUUGUUGUAAGUUGCUCACUAGCAGGGUAAUUUAUGUGGCAGGAGAUGAAAGCCUGAAUAGUCUGUAUAUAUACUUGUAGAUUAUGCCAUGUUACAAUUAGCAGCAUUACUGUAGAGAUGCAUAUGAGUCUGCUUUUUUUUUUUUUUUUUUUUUCCUCCUCUCCAUACUAGUUUCGUUGAUCAUCAAUAAAUAACCCUUUGUAUGUUAUUUUAGGAAUAACGUAACAGUAAGGUUGAUACAUACAUUGGAAAAGAACCAAGUCUGCGGGCAAGAUGCAAGGCGAAGGCGCGCCUCAACCAGCUGUAUCACUUUGCACAAAUAUAUCUUUACUAAAUGUU